UGGAGGCAGUGGUAGGAGGAAGGUGAAAUUGCUGGGAACAGGUUGCACCCCCAAGAGGCUGGGGGUGAGUUGCUAAUUCCCUGUGCGGUGCCUUCCCUGGGGGCCCCCAGUCCAAAGGUAAGAACAGGCCUCUUGGCUGAUCCUACCCUUUUUCUCCUUUCAGGGCCCAGCCCUUCCCUCUCUAACCCUUCCUCACUGGGGCCCUUAGGCCCCAGCGGUUCCAGCCAGGGGAGGGCCUGGGCCUGAGCAGAGCUGGCAGCUCUGGGCCCCAAACCGGUUUUCCCACCUCACCUGGGGCUGGCACAUCACCUCUGUGGUUCCCUCCCAACCCCCAGGCCUCCACCUUUGCCACCAAGUUUCUCCUCUCCCAACUCUGGAAUGUUAAGUGGGGAAUACUCAGGUCAUCUUUUGUCCCUUGCCUGCCCUGGGUGUGGUCUCUUCUAGAAAGGUAAGGCCACUAUGCAUGACUUUAGAACAAGAUGGGGUGACUUCCACUCUUGGCCUUCUGCACUUCUGGCAUUCAGGGAUCCCCUCCAGGCCUUGAAGGCUUUGAAACUAAAAGACAACAAAAAGUAGUUGGAACUCCUCUUGCCAUCAACACCCCCUCCCCAGUCCGAGCCCUGGAGGAGGAGACCAGAAAGCUGUAAGAAAGUCCAACCUACCUCUGGACUGCUCUGGAGUGAGAAGGAGGGAGCAGUGGCCACCACCCCCAGGUGCCCCAGGCCAGCCCAGGUCCGUGCCUCAAUUUCCAACAAGGCAAAUUACUUGCAUUUGUCUUCUGCCAAGAGAACUCCUUUUGUGGGGCUGAGAUUGUCUCAUUAAUGAUAACACCAGCUGAUGUUAAUAGGGCCCUUGUUGUGUGCCAGGCUCUGUGCUAAACACUUUAGAUGCUCACAAAACCCCUGUGAGGUAGAUAAAACCAUGAGAAACGGGCACAGAGAGGUCCGGUAAUAUGCCCAAAGCCACACCAUUAAUCUGUGGUGGAAGCAAGCUUUCUGCCCAGGCUUGCUUUAAAAGUACACCUUUACAAAGGGGGUACCAUAUUCCUAACUCUCCUAAGGGUAGUGCUGGUUUGAAAUGGAACUGAGUACUGAAAUCAAAUUCUAAUCUGUGGAAGAAUAGCUCUUUGGGGAGAGAUGCCGAUGUGGAGGUGUCUACAGGAGCUCUUGCUGCUUCUGUACCUAGAUCCUCUUACAUUCCCCCAGUUCCAUAUAAAUACAAGUCUUCUGUAAAUAUUAACAUUUUCCUCAUUUGUAAAGCUCUUUCCCAUUACCCCAUUGGGACAAGUAGGUCUGAGAACCAUUUCCAUUUCACAAAGGAGAAAAUAGAGCUAAGAAAUUAAAUGACAUGCACAAGGUACUGGCCUUGAACUCUGGUGUUCUCCCUGGGAGUCUGGGUUACAUAUUAAAUGCCCCACCAGGACACUGCUGGGAAGGGGGAGUGGCAAUGGCCCUACGAGCACAAGCUUUGGUGAGGGACCCAGCAAAGAAUCACCAUCACAGACUGUCACACAGUCCAGAUGGGUAGCAGAUCAUUAACAAUGGACCCUCAAUAAAGCUGACCAACAUUGAGGUGCUGCCUUUGUUUGGGACUGACAGCUAAAGGGCCCAGAAGAAGGAUCCCAUCCUUGGGGGUGCUGGUGCAGGAGUUCUGGGGGCCUGAUUGGCUUUGGCAGAUUCCACAGUGGGUCAGUGGCUGGUCAGCAGGUGGCGUGGGCGCAGAAGUAAUGCUUUCUUGGGGAGGAGGAGAAAGCAAGGACACCUAACCGCCUUUUCCAAACUGGGGCCUGACAGGAGGUAGCGAGGGAAAAAAACCUACAACUCCCAGAAGGCCCUGCUCCCAAGCCAGUCGAGGAUGGUUGCCAUGGUUACAGAAAACAAUAUGGCCGCUCCCAGCGGGGACGUGAGUCUCUGGGUUGGGGAGACAGAAACGGGUCUGGGCUACUGCAGUAGCUACAGAGGAGGCGCUUGAGGGGUCGUGAGGCUGAGGCGGGACGCUACGCGGCUGGAACGGUUUAGCCUUGCGGAGGGUGCCGAUGGCGAGCAGCGUGGACGAGGAGGCGCUGCACCAGCUCUACCUGUGGGUAGACAACAUCCCUCUGUCCCGGCCCAAGCGAAACCUCUCCCGGGACUUCAGUGACGGAGUCCUGGUUGCAGAGGUCAUCAAGUUUUACUUCCCCAAGAUGGUGGAGAUGCACAAUUAUGUCCCUGCCAACUCUCUCCAGCAGAAGCUCAGCAACUGGAGUCACCUGAACAGGAAGGUAUUGAACAAGCUGAACUUCUCGGUACCGGACGACGUGAUGCGCAAGAUCGCGCAGUGCGCCCCCGGCGUGGUGGAGCUGGUGCUCAUCCCACUGAGACAGCGCCUGGAGGAGCGGCAGAGGCGCAGGAAGCAGGGCGCCGGCUCCUUACAGGAGCUGGCUCCCCAGGAUGGCAGCGGCUACAUGGAUGUGGGUAAGGUGGCUUUUCUGUUUCUCCCUCCCAGGAGGAGCUUUCUUCUGUUCUCCUUCCUAACGCCUGCGAGGGUGGGAGGUGGGGGUGGAGGGGAAGCAGGAGGAUGGGACUCCAGGAUGCUCACUCCUCCACUUGCCUUACCUCAGGUUUAUCCCAGAAGGCCCGAGGUGAAGGUGCCCCGGACCCCCAGGGAGGGGUGCAGCUCAGGUCGGGCCUGCCACCCGCGCCCCAGCCUCCCGGGUAUAGCCAGACGCUGCAGGGCGACCCAAGCUUCGUCCUCCAGAUCGCUGAAAAGGAACAGGAGCUGUUGGCCUCGCAGGAGACCGUGCAGGUCCUGCAGAUGAAGGUCAGGCGCCUGGAGCACCUGCUCCAGCUUAAAAACGUGCGCAUCGACGACCUCUCCCGGCGGCUCCAGCAAGCGCAGCGUAAGCAGCGGUGAGCGGCAGCCAGGGCCACGCUGGGUCACCCCACUAGCAGCCAGAGCCCAGACGCCGCGACCAACCCACCCACCAACCGAUGGACGAUUGGGAGGGCGGAGCCCGCUGCUCACACAAGCCUCUUGGGGCGCGAGUCCCCCCUCCCUUGGGAUGGAUGAGCCUGGGGGUCGGUGAGACAGGACAUUGGAGCGGAGGCCUGGGACUGAGCUGCCUCCUUCCACUCCAUCCGGGUCAGGAGAAUGGACCGCUUUCCAGAGCCCAGAAGCCACGUGCAGAGACCUGGCAUGUCCCCCAAAGCAGUUUCCAACACCUGGGGCCCAGCCUUGCAGCUCCCAGCACCGGGCUUUGGGGGGCGGUCCUAUGGCUUGGUCUGCACCCCCAGAACCCGGUCCCCAGCCAGCUCUGAUGACAGCGGUGUCUCCAUCCAGGCUAGUUCUCCAUGCCCUCAGUCAAGGGGGGAGCUGCCAUGGGCAGCUGAGGGGCUCCCUUGCCCUUCCUGGGAGCUCACCUGGGACUGAAAUCCGGGCUGGAGAACACAGCAGCUGGAGAGGAAGGGUGAGGAGUGGGCUCAUCCAGGAGCAGGGAGGACGUGGGCCCAGCCUGGACCAAUUGCCCUCCUGCCCAUGGGGUACUGUUGGGAGCACUGGGAGGAUAUAAAACAUGGCUGUCCCCAUUAAAGUUACUGCUGUGUUC